ACCAAUGGACAUCCCGUUCACUUAUUUACCGUGGCCCCAAGCAAACUGAUCGUGGAACAUGUAUUGAAUUUUUCAUACGGACCGCCUCAUCUUUUUUCCGUCGCUCGAGCUCUUUUUAAAAAUUCCUACGCGAGAGACCGGUAACCUCGAUUCUUCCUUGAAAGAUUGAACGGCCGUUUCGCAUCCACGAACGAAAGUGUUCUGUGUCCAAAAUGCGCAUCGUGACAGUCGUAUUGCUAUCAAUUUCGCUAUUCUGUACUUUCCAACACAGUCACGGAUACGACAUCCUAGGUAUUUGCCCAAGUACAAGUUACAGCCACCAACAAUCUUUUCAAGCAUUGAUGAAAGCACUGGCGUUUCGUGGUCAUAAGGUUACUGUUUUAUCAACAGUUCCCUUAAAGGAUGCUCCACCGAAUUAUGAGAAUGUUGACUUGUCAUUUUCAUAUAUAAGCAAAGAUUGCACAGGAUUAAGACAUAUAGGAGCCUACGCACUUUUCCAUCAAAAUUUAUUGGGAGCAAAUCAUAUAUGCAGACAUCAAUUAUUUAGUCCCGCUAUUGAUAAACUUAUAGCAAGCAACAAGACAUUCGACGCAAUCAUUAUAGAACAAUUAUGGUACCAAUGUUAUUACGCCCUUGUAAAGCACUACAACUUUCCCGUGCUGAUUGGAUUUUUGAGCGUAGGCAACUUGCCCUAUGUAAUGGAUUCCAUAGGAAAUCCAGACGAUCCUAACUUUAACCCAGACAUGACGUAUCCAUUUACGAAUAGAAUGACAAUCAAUGAGCGGAUAAUGAAUAUCCUUUAUACAACAUAUACAAGAUUAUAUUAUCGAUAUUGGCAUCUACCAAAUGCUCAACGCAUGGCUAACAAACGGACUCCUGGCACAUCUGUUUACGACAUCGAUAAAAAUUUCAGUCUAGUGAUUCUGGGCAACAAUCACGUGUUUGGUUAUCCGAAGCCAUUAUUGCCACAUGUGAUCGAAGUUCAUAGUUUGCAUAUUUUGGAAAACCCUGGUUCCUUGCCUAAAGAUAUUCACGAAUUUCUGGACAAUGCUCAAGAUGGUGCUAUUUAUUUCUCUCUGGGCUCAAAUCUGCAAACUGACCAACUACCUGCUGGACCUUUGACCGCAUUGUGUAACGCCCUAGGUUCGCUUAAGCAAAGAGUUCUAUGGAAACAUAAUGGUAACAUGGCUAUUCAUGCGACCAACAUCAAAUUUGUAAAGUGGGUGCCACAACAAGCAGUACUAGACGGAAUAGCCAAAAUAAUAUCGUCCACAUAUCGAUAAUAAAAUAACAACUGAAGAGGCAGC